UGUCGCUCGUUGAGAGGAAUACUUUCCUCGGGAAUCGUAGUAGCCUAUGUAUGUUGAGGUUCGCGGAGAUGUGCUUUCAAACGCCGGCACCGGUUUCGCAUACCUCAAAUCCCGUAAAGAAGCAAUACAAAAAUGGUGAUAUGUAAAUGUAAUUGAUGUGGGCGCACCCACACGCUAUUCGGUUCAAACUCGAACUGACAUCCCGGUUCCUCUCCUCGGUACCAGUCCCCUACCUAUAAGUAUCCCCCAAAUGUAAGGCGCUCAACCUCAAGGUCCGAACCAUCUUCCUUGCCAUCUGCCAUGACCCUCAACAGAUCCUUCUCCUCGCGUUUUUCGCCCAAGAGCCAGGCCAAUGGUUCAAUACCAUCCUCACUUGCCGAUGUCACUCCUUCCUCGAGCGACUCGGGCACUGUGAAAGCCUUGGCGCACAUCAAGGACCUCAUGAAACGCCCCGUCGAAGAAAUCAACGAGUCGAUGCUAUCUGCUACUCUUGAUCUCAUCGCCCAUUCAGGCGCAACUGAUGACCGCAAGAUGCUUUUGGAACACUUGUUGUCCUUCAUGGCCAAUCACCCUUCAGGCAAGAUUUCAAAUAUGGCUCGCACUUUCACCAUCAAGACCCUGUAUAACGACCUCGCCCACCCCCCUGCCACAUACAUUGGGCCCGAGUUUCAGUUCCGCGCAGCUGAUGGUUCAGGCAACAACCCUGAUGCUCCCAACCUCGGAAAAGCUGGUACACCUUAUGCACGGUCCGUUCAAGGAGCAAACCCCUUACCACGCAACCAAAUGCCCGAUGCCGGUCUCGUCUUUGAUACCCUGCUCCGCAGAGAGAAGUUCACCGAGCACCCCCAGGGUUUGUCCGCCCUGAUGUUCUCCUUUGCAGCACUUGUCAUUCACAGUGUAUUCCGCUCGGACCACACUCCCGGCAGGCAACAUAUCAACAUGACUUCGGGUUACGUUGACCUAGCCCCCUUGUACGGAAAUGAUCAAGCAACGCAAGACAAGGUUAGGAACAAGGACGGACGCGGUUUGCUUCACCCAGAUGUGUUUGCUGAGGAUCGUCUCCUUUUCCUUCCUCCCUCGGUUAGCGUGCUUUUGGUCUUGUUCAACAGAAACCACAACUACAUUGCCCGUCGGUUACUCGAGAUCAAUGAACGCGGUACCUGGAAAGAUCCUGCCCACCACAACCACGUCAGCCACGCUCAACUCGCGAAGCAAGAUGAGGAAAUCUUCCAAAUCGCCCGCCUGUGCAACUGUGGAUGGUUCGCGGCUGUUGUUUUCUCCGACUACUUCUCUGCCAUUUUGGGCCUUGUCCGAAAAGGGUCGAGCUGGAGUCUGGAGCCGUUCGAUGAACUUCGUGAUGAGGAUCACGCAAUCUUCGAGCGUGGCCGUGGUAAUGCUUGCAGUGUUGAAUUCAACUGCUUGUAUAGAUGGCACGCGACAACCUCCGUCGAGGAUGAGGAGUGGAUCACUCUCCAAUUCAAGGAGCUUUUCCCUGAUAAGCAACCUGAGGAUAUCACCUUGAGGGACUUUUAUAGCAAGGAAGCGGUGCUCGUGAAGAACGAACCUGAUCUUGAGCACUGGACGUUCGGGAGCCUUCAGCGUGAAACCGAAGGUCCCAACAAGGGGUCAUUCAAGGACACUGAUCUUGCGAAUUGGCUCAUGGGCGCGACUAACCAUCGUGCUGCUAGCUUUGGUGCUCGUAGCACGCCCCCGAUCAUGCGUCUGCAUGAGAUUAUGGGUAUCGAGGCUAACCGAGCAUGGGGCGUUUGCUCGCUCAAUGACUUCAGGAAGUUCCUCGGCUUGAAGACAUAUACCAGUUUCUUGGAAUGGAACCCCAACCCCGAAGUUGCUGACGCCGCUGAAAAGCUGUAUGGUCACAUUGACAACUUGGAGUUGUACGUCGGUCUCCAGGCCGAGGAGACCAAGCCUCUUAUCGAGGGUGCAGGUCUCUGCCCAGGUUACACCAUUUCCCGUGCCAUUCUCUCGGAUGCCUUCGCCCUGACUCGUGGUGACCGAUUCUUCACGCAGGACUUCACGCCUUACAAUUUGACCGCCUGGGGUUUUGCCGAUUGCCAGCGGGACCCUGAAGCUUAUGGUUUCGGUUCUACUCUCGGUCGUCUCUUCCUUCGCACGUUGCCCAACGACUACACCAAAGACAGCAUCUACACAUGGUUCCCUCUCGUACACCCAGACUCAAUGGAAGGUUACCUGAAGAACCUUAACAAGCUCGAUGAAUACUCUCUUGAGCGGCCAAAGCCAAGCGGGCCUGCUACCACGGUCAACAAUUACGUGGAAGUCGGCCAGGUGCUUCGCAGCACUGACAAAUACGUACCCGAAUACGUCGACCGCGCAGCAGAGGUCCUGAAGGGCAAAGGGUUCUUUACGGCAUCUGCAAACGGCGUUGAGGAGCAAAAGCGGUUCAUCAAUGCGCUUGCUCCAACACCUGAAGCUAUAUCGGCGAUCGGGACCUACUUCAACAACAAGACGAAGGAACUUAUCGAGCAGCAUUCGUUCUCUUUGAUCGGCAAGAACGUUCGUGCUGUUAACAUCGUACGCGAUGUGCUGAAAUCCGUGCCGUUGCAUUGGGCUGCUACGGAAAUUGCUGGCAUCCCCCUCAAGACGAAGCAGCAUCCUCAUGGUGUAUACACCGAGUCCCAGUUGUUUGAUAUGCUUGCGGAGAUUUACCAAUUCGUCUUCCUUGAGGUUGAGGCAGCGAACUAUAUGCCCUUGAGGCAGAAGGUGAAGGAGCAUGUGCACGAGCUGACGCACCUGAUCAAGAGUGCCCUUGGUAGUGCUGGGAGCAAACUGCCUUUCGCUAACCUGAUCGGCACGAUGUCUGGUAUCUUCGGCAAGAAGAAGAACCACAAUGAGAUUGUGAAACGCCUGUUUGAGUUUGGUUAUUCUUCCGAGCACGUCGUGAACUCUAUUCUCGCGUUCUUGGUCGGCGCAACUGUUGAGAUGACUCUUGCUUUGACGAACGUCGUCAACCUGCUCCUUCACAAGGAGUAUGAUUCGGAGGUCACCAUUGAAGCGGAUAAGAAAGUGGAUGCCAAAAGCCUUGCUAGUCUGACUGCUUAUAUUACUGAUGCACUCAGAAUCGACCCACCUUUCGCUGGUGUCUACCGUGUCGCUAAGCAAGAUGAAACCAUAGAGUCGUUGAACGUCAAGCAAGGUCAACGCCUCUUCCUGCACAUCGCCACUGCAAACAUGAACGAGGACGCAUUCCCCAACCCUCGAAUCUUGGAUACCACCCGUACUCCCCGCGAGCGAUACCUCCAAGGUGACGGAUGCUUCAAAGUCCUCGGUGACGAUCUUGCAAACACGAUCAUGGCUGAAGUCCUGCGCGCCGUUCUAUCCCUCGGCAAUGUCCGUCGCGGACCUGGUCAAUCAGGGAAACUUGCUCGUUUCCCGGAUACGGCGCUCCCUGUGCUGCAUUAUGCGUAUUUGAAUGAGAAGAUGCUGCAGAGCCCGUGGCCGACGUCGAUGGUUGUUAAUUAUGAUGUUUCUGCGUGAGGUUGUUGGUUUUGGUUUUGGUUUUGGAUGAUAUCAAAAUGUUGUGGUGUUUAUCGCAUUCUAUAUGUUAUACUAAUGUUCUUGAUUUACUGCUGUUCUGUUCGUGUUGUGAUGUUGAGCUUGAGGUGUUCUUGGAGCUUGGAGUUUAAAAAUAUUAAGCUUGACCAACCGA